UGUGUUUCUGUUUGUAAUAAUAUCUCAUUUUGAGAAAAGAAUUUGACGUCAAUAAGAGUUAAAGACCAAAGACGAAUAUUCUAUAACUCGCGACCAAAGAAAAGAAACAAAUCUAAAGAGCAUUAAAAACUCUCUCCGACAAGACAUGCUUUCCACCAUUUCUCUUUCAUCAAAUCUUUCUUGUUCCCUUCUCUCUCUCUCUCUCUUCCAAAAAUCUCUCCUUUAUCCCCGCAAAGAACCAAAAUAAUAAAAAAAAAAACUCACUCUUUCUUUGAUUCAUCACACUCGACUAAUGUCGCCGGCAACAGAACUUAACGGCUCGUUCCUCAGCCGACUCAGCUUCCGCCGCAACCAGAUCGUCUCAAUGGACGUCAACCACGAGCAACAGCUCCAAGAACUCGAGUAUUUCAAGAACCACGUCUCCGAGCGUUUCUCAGAGUUCAUCUCUCCAUCGCCGCCGUCGGAUCCAAUUCUCUCGAUCCCCUGGCUACGGAACCUCCUCCACGUUUUCAUCUCCUGCGAAACGGAGUUCAAAGAAGUCCUCCCGACCACGGCUCAGAUCUCGAAAACGCCGUCGCUGGAGAAGGUUUUGUCGGAAAUGCUCGAUCGGAUCUUAAAGUCGCUCGAUAUCUGUAACGCCGUCGUUAACGGCAUCGAAUCCGUUAAACAGAGCCGGCGUCUUGCGGAGAUAGCCGUAACGGCGCUUAAACAACGGCCGUUAUGUAGCGGGAGCGUUCGCAGAGCCAAACGCGCGUUAACAAGCCUCCUCGUUAGCUUAAACGCCGAUGUGAAAGAUAGGAACAGUGGUGGUGGAAGUAGUAGACGGAGGAUAACUUCGCGGUCGUGGUCGUUUGGACAGCGCAGCAGCCACGUCGGCAAGAAUUGGUCUGCAGCCAAGCAGAUUCAAGCGAUGGUGGCUAAUCUUGUGCUCCCACGUGGAGCAGAAGCGAUGCCGGUUUACAUAAUGAGCAGUGUUAUGGUUUUGGUGAUGUGGGUGCUUGUUGCGGCGGUUCCUUGCCAGACAAGCAGCGUUCCUGUGGCGCCGUUGCAGCUUCCUAAGCAUCAGAGCUGGGCUAGCAAUGCUGUGAAUGUUCAGGAGAGGGUUGGUGAAGAGGUGAAACGGAAGGAGAAGCGUGGGGGUGGGUUGAUGGAGGAGAUGCAGAGGAUGGAGAGUGUUGGGUUGUUUUUGAUGGAGUUCACGGAGAGGUUUAGGUUUCCGGGAGAGGAAGAGGAAGAGGUCGAGGAGAAGGUUGAUGAGAUGGAUGAGAUUUGUCGGAGAAUGGAAGUGGAAUUGGAGGAUUUGCAGAGACAAGUGAGGGCAGUGUUCCAAAGAUUGGUGAGAAUCAGACUUGAGAUUGUUUCUGUGCUUGAUCUAAAUCUGUAAAUCUUCAAUAACAACAUUAAUAUUUUUAUCUCUUUUUUUUUCUAGAUAAGACUAAUCUUUUGAAGAUCUUGAUGUGUAUAAGGUACAAUUCGUAUACAUAUACACCAUGUUUGGUUUCUGGUAUAUGAAAACUGCAAAAUUAUAUUGACUAGAGAUUAAUAGAUAAAAUUCAUAGUGUCCUGACUUGUGAUUGUUUCCAGAAGCUUUCCUAUGUUUCUUACCGGGGCGCUUUGGUUCUGUUCUGCUUCCAUUAGUGUCUGAAGCAGGUGUGUAUUGUUGAUGUGUGCUCUUCUGUCAGCUAUUUCUUUCAAUGUAUGCAACUCAAGAUCUUUAAGAAAAUUUACAGAGAGUGAGAUAAACUGUCUGGAGGAAACUCAUGUGCUUGUCUGGUGUGGAUGAUUGGACCGCACGGGUGCCACACUUCCUUAUCAAAAUCUCAACUAUGAUCGUUACCUAAAUGCACAUCUUUCACGACAAUGGGAGAAAAAAAACUUUCACAAAACCCAAAACAGCCUGGAGAUGCACGAAAACUCAUGAGAAACUUAAGGAGAAAACCAAGAUUACAUACUUAGAGCAACAGCAGCCUGUGGACUUACUUUUAUAAUCUCAAUUGAUUUGGUGUGAAGUAGGAAUGUCAAACAGGUUGAUCCAUCCCGUCCCGUCUCGUACCGCAGCGGGUUCGUCUUUGAACGGGUCACGGCGGGUCAGGCCGCGCGGGCUGCGGUCCUCAAAAUGGCUGACCAAACCCGUACCGCAAAACAUGUAGGCCUUUGCGGAUCGGCCCGCGGGACAUACAAUUACAAACGAACAUAUGGCUCCUGAACGCUUCAAGACAUGAUUCAUGACGCUUUAUCAGUUUCAUGACGCAUCAGUAAGUGAGUUUAGUCGAGGAUUGAACUAGAUAAGACAAUAAAUACACUUGUUAGUUGAAGAUUUUAGUUGGAUCAAAACACUAGUUUAUUUACUUUUAUUAGACUCCAAACAUUUUAAAAAUAAAUAAUACUUUAGUUGCUGAA